GUGUGUGUGUGUGUGUGUGUGUGUGUGUGUGUUCAGCGUUAUGUGAGUCGUGUCAGUGUCACUGCAUCACAUUUUCCUCUGAGAUUCGAGCAGAAAUCAAUAAACUCUUACUGCGCAUUUCUGAGAAUAAUCUGAAGGUUAAAAACUUUCAUGUGUUUAAAGAUUCCUUACAGAAACACUUGAACUUCACACGUGAACAUUUCCAAUGUUCAGACAUUUCAGAUGUUUCACACGUUUUUAUUUUUUCCACUUGGUUCUUUCACUUUUACUGAUGAAUGAUUUAUAUUAGUAACUUGUCUAAUUAGUGACAGGUUCGAAUGUCUCAGCUGUAAAUGAUCACUUACUGUUUCCUCAUCAGAUUCAUGUGAUCUGUAAUAUUUAAUCUUUACAGCUGUAGCUUGUGUUCGUUACUUCCACAGAAUGCACAGGAGUGAUAUGGAGGCCAGUUUGUCUCCAUCUCUUGGAUCCACACCUGUGCAGAAGAUAAAUACUUCUGUGGCUCUCACACCCACUGAAGCCACACCCACUCAAGCCACACCCACUCAAGCCACACCCCAAAACUCACCUGGAGAACUAGUGAGCUCCACCAGAACCCUGAAUGAACUCCAAAAAGUCCACAUCCCCUCCUGGUCUCUGGUGGUUUUGAGCUUCAUCGUUUUGCUCCUAAUUCUCAGCUGCAGCUUCUGCGUCUGCAGCAAGUUUGUGUUUAAGAGAAAAAAGGAGAAAACGGGGAAAGAGAAGAGCAGAAAGGACAGUAUGGACAUGUCCACUGUGAGGGAUGAAGGUCUUACACAGAUUCCACGUGAUCUAAAAGUUCAGGAGAAAGCGACAGAGAUUAAGGACGACGUGACUCUGGGUAAACUUCGCUUUAGUCUGGAUUACAGCUUCACUGAGGACACGCUCAUUGUAGGACUGAUUCAGGCAGAAGGUCUGGCUGCUAUGGACAUGAGCGGGACUUCAGAUCCAUACGUGAAGCUCUGUCUCCUCCCAGACAAGAAGAAAAAAUUUGAGACUAAAAUCCACAGAAAGACUCUGAACCCCACUUUUAAUGAGAGUUUCAGUUUUAAGGUUCCGUACUCAGAGCUGGGAGGAAAGACUCUGCUCAUGACCGUGUACGAUUUCGAUCGUUUCUCCAAACACGACGCCAUUGGAGCUGUAAGAGUGCCAAUGAACCUCGUCGAUUUUAGUCAUGUGACCGAAGAGUGGAGACAACUGCAGAAGGCGGAACACGAGGAGCAGGAGAAGUUAGGUGAUGUGUGUCUGUCCCUGCGCUACGUCCCCACUGCUGGGAAACUCACCAUCGUCAUCCUGGAGGCCAAAAACCUCAAGAAAAUGGAUGUAGGUGGUCUCUCAGAUCCGUAUGUGAAGAUCCACCUGAUGCAGAACAGCAAACGACUGAAGAAGAAGAAGACGAUGAUAAAGAAAAACACCCUGAACCCGUAUUACAACGAAUCCUUCAGCUUCGAGGUUUCAUCUGAACAAAUUCAGAAAGUCCAGAUCGUCGUGACUGUGCUGGACUACGAUAAGAUCGGGAAGAACGACACCAUCGGGAAGAUCCUGGUGGGAAUGAACAGCUCAGGGACAGAGCAGAGACACUGGGAGGACAUGCUGGCCAGUCCCAGGAGACCCAUCGCCCAGUGGCACGCUCUGAAACCUGACGAGGACGUGGACGCAGAACUCAAAAAGAAAUGAAGCUUCAUACUGGAGUCAGAAUCAGCAGUGAUCAUUAAUCUGUAACCCAAAGCUCAAGUCUAGAACUUUAUCAGGUUUAUUGUGUAAAUUUAAUAAUUAAUAAAACGCGUAGACGAAACGAGUCAGUGUCUCUUUUCAGGAAGUCACGGCAAUAAGAGUCGACUCUUUUGGCUCCUGAACGACUCCUUGUUGCUUUUUCCA